AACAACAAACCAUUGAUGCUUCGAAAUUCCCGCUCCUUCUCGCCCUCUAUUUCGCUUAUAACUGUUCGUACCUCGCCUGAGGUGCCUUAUCUGGGAUCGAUUUUAAGCGUAGCUCAGCCAGUGCCGCCGCAAGCCCGCGGUAUUAGGCGCAAUCGCUCAAGCGCCGCCGGAGAAGAAAAUCAUGAAAAAGGGGCGUUUAUCCGAAAUAGAACAAGCAGAUCGCUGAAUGCACGAAGAUCAAGAGAUCACUUUCAUCAGUCUCUCCACGUUCCUUUUUCAUCACUCCCGCUCCUUCCCGCGGCGGUUAUCACGAGAGCUUUCCGGCUUCAGCCAGGCUCCCUGGGCCUUGCUCUACCGGAUCCGAGCCUGCAAGGAGCCGGUGCCUGUAACUGGCCCUAGCUUCUCAAGCCCCUCUGCUCGAUACAACCCCGGCCCCUGGCAUUACAAUUCAAUGCUGGUUUCCCAGAGAUACACAGGCUUCGGCCAAUCGAACUGCACGCAUCUAGCAAACUACCCCAUUUUUUGCGCUUACAUAACCGUCGACUUCCCACCCUGGCUUCUACCUAGGCUUCGACUUUUCCUCUUUCUUCGACCUUUCGAGCCGACGAUUCCUCUUAUAUUUCUCAACGUUGCAAAGAUCGCUCGAAUUAACAGGGCGCCAAAACAGCUAUCACCAGGGCUUCAAAUCGACGAAUUCGCGCGUCAAACCAAUCAGUCCGCUCGAUGCUUCGUCGGCUGGAAGCCGUAAUUCAGAACGAAGGAGGAUACACUGGGUACUAAUUGAGACUCUUCUACCCACCCAAAUUGUAUAGGAUCUUGGGUUCCUCUGUGUAGUCUGCUGUCACUCGCUAGGUUCUCUG